GAGAAAAAGAAAAUAAGGGACAAUGAAAAACGCAAAUGUUUUACUUUAGUCCCACAAAGUUCGUCGGCGGCAGAAAAACGGCGGCCGUGAAAAAUGGGGAAGAGCGGGAAGAAGAAAAGUCACCAACAGAACCGUAGAGAUAGAGCUUACUAUCUAGAACAGGAAGAACCAGAAUACCCAGUUGCCCCAACUGUUGAGUCCACUCAAGAAGAUGAAGAAGAUGAAGAAGAGAGUCAAGAUGAUCUUAUUUCUUCAUUUUCAACCAAUGAUAUCCCUUCAAAGUUUUCAUUAUACCAACAGUCUGUGCAGUCACCAAAAGGGGAUAUAAGUUAUCUGCAGAAAUUCUUCUUGAUGUACGUAGGUGGGAGGGUGCCCCUUCAUUUCCAGGAAGAUUUCUGCGGAACUGGUCUUUUGAGUACCGAAUGGCUCCAUAGUGAUGCUAGGCGCACUGCUAUUGGAUUAGAUUUAGACGUUGAGGCACUUGAUUGGUGCAUGGAGAACAAUGUGAACAAAGUUGGUGCUGAUGUCUCUUCCAGAAUAUUUCUGUUUCAUGGUAAUGUGUUGCAACCUCUUGAGGCCAAAUUGGUUAAUGUCUCUACUCAAAAUCUCAUGCAAAAUGUAACACUAGGAGAUAGUGAAGAUGAUUCUCCUGAUCACAAAUUGAUGAAGGAUUUUCAAUUUCCUGCAAGAGAUAUAGUUUGUGCUUUUAACUACAGUUGUUGUUGCCUUCAUACUCGCCAAGAACUAGUUUCAUACUUCAAACAUGCCUUAAGUGCUCUGAACAAGAAGGGUGGUAUAUUUGUGAUGGAUCUAUAUGGAGGCACAUCAGCAGAGCAUGAGCUAAGGAUGCAGAGAAAAUUCCCGAACUUCACAUAUGUUUGGGAGCAAGCUGAAUUUGACAUCAUUAAGCGGAAAACGAGGAUCAGCCUCCAUUUUAAUCUGCACAAGCCGCAAAGGAAAAUUCGCCAUGCAUUUUCUUAUAGCUGGAGACUGUGGUCAUUGCCUGAGAUCAAAGACUGUUUGGAAGAAGCUGGAUUUCAGUCAGUCCACUUCUGGAUCCGACAUAUGCCUGACAGCGAAGAUAUCAGAAGCACAUAUGGGCUUGCUGCUGGACGAGACAUAAAAUAUGAAGAGGUUACAAGUUUUCAACAACAAGAUUCAUGGAACGCAUACAUUGUAGGUGUUGCAUAGCUGCUAUAUCUGCCUCAUUUUCAUGAAAGUGGGCUUAGGUAAGACGUUAUUCUUCAUUUCGUCUGAAGCUAGAUCAGCAGAUUGAAUUACGCGUGUCUUUUUUUGAUAAAUUUUAGUACACAAACAAUGUUGUACCCUCAUCUAUAAGUUCUUUUUAACUAGGAAGUAAUUCAGUUAAGCCUCUGGGAUCUCUGAAUAUGGUGCCUCAGUUCUUCAUUGAGAAAUAGGCUUAUAAACUUCUUAGUA